AUCUAGUCAAUCUCAUACCUAAACAGUUUAGCAGCUGUUUCGCGGUAUUUAAGCCACGUCAACGGGCACUUUUAGACGAUGAGCAGAUAGACAAAGUUGUCGGGCACUUCUUGCAGAUAAGUUAUCAGUUGCACGACAUUCGAAUCUAGCGUGGUAACUGCUCACAGUUGGCUUGGAAAACUGUUGCAACAGAAGCUGGACGGAGCAAAGAGAUGGAAAAGAUUGGAUUUCUGCUUCUUCUGUUGGUUCUUGCAGUAACGUUGACAUCAGUGUUUGGCGAAAAAGGUUUAGAGUUCCCUUCGCAUGACGGCAAAGACCGACUCAUCAAUUUGAGCAAAAAGAAUUUUAACAGGUUUCUAAAGAAGUUCGACAUAUUGGUCGUCUACUUCACUGUACCGCAUGAUGCAAACGAUAAAUAUCUAGCCAAGCAAUGGCAACUUACAGAGGAAAUGCUGGAGCUUGCAGCACAGAUCACAGAAAGAGAGGGCGUCGGCUUUGGUGUCGUUGAUCUUGAAAAAGACAAGAAACUCGCAGAAAAACUUGAUAAAACCGAAGCUGGGGCAAUCUAUGCUUACAAGGCUGGCCACAGUGUGGAGUUUGAUGGACAGCGGUCAACAGAUGUUUUGGUGGAAUUUGUACUCGAGCUGGACGAAUACCCAGUGGAAGAAAUUAAUUCGAAAACUGAAGUGCAGGGCUUUCGUAGGGACGAAUCCACUAAAGUUAUCGGGUAUUUUGAAAGCAACACAGCUUCAGGUUACGAUGAAUUCGUCGAUGCAGCUCACGAUUUUCAACCUGUUAUUUCAUUCUAUGCUGUAUUUCAAAAAUUGCUUGCCAGGCAGCUCGGGCUUACUGAACUCAAUCAAGUCGAUUUCUACGAGCCUUACAUGAAGAAAUCUAUCGUCAUACCAGGGGAAACUCCCCUAGACAACACCGUCAUCGAGAAAUUUGUUCAGGAGCACAAACGCGCCACCUUGCGAAAGCUGCGCACCAUGGAUAUGUACGAAACUUGGGAAGACGACAUUAACGAUAUACACGUCGUUGCAUUUGCCGACGAGACCGAUCCAGAAGGCUUUGAAUUUCUUCAGUUACUUAAAGAGAUCGCUCAUAUUCAUACAGAUGAUCCCAACCUUUCUAUUGUGUGGAUUGAUCCCGAUGAUUUUACUUUGCUUCAUGAUUACUGGGAACGAACCUUCGGAAUCGACCUGAGUGAGCCACAGAUCGGAAUCGUGAACGUCACUGAUGCGGACAGUUUGUGGAUGGAACGACGAAAGUCCCGUCUUCCCACAAUGGCUGAGCUUGAAAAGUGGAUCUCAGAUGUUCUCUCCGGGAAGAUCAACACGGAGGACGAUGAUGACGACUUCAACCUUGAUGAUGCAGAAGAAGACGAUGACGACACUGAUGGUGAUGACUCAGAUUCAAAAGAUGGCGGUGCUGAUAAUGAUGACGACGAUGAUGACGAUGAUGACGAGCCAGAAGUAGUUACUGCGAAAGAUAUGAAAAAGAAAGUAAAACAUGAGUUGUAAGACAACGGUUGGGCGGUAGAAGAGAAAUUUGAGUGACGCUUAUAGUGCUUCAGUUAGGGUUUGCUUUGGGUAAACCUAUUCAUGCUUUUUGGAAAAUCAUAUUUAAAUUUUAUGUCAUAUUGCACCUAUGUGUUACGUUAGAAUCGAAUAGGAUACAUUUGUUUUGUAAAACCAAAGCAAAACACGCACAAAUACAGAAAUGCAUCACUAUUUGAUCAUCUGGAGCUUUUAUAUUAAUGAUGUUUUGUUUACUUUAGCUUAUUAAUGUGAUUAAGUGUGCCAUAUGGUUUAAUAAAUUGAAAAAACUAAAUCGUC